GGAGAAUCACGUCAGAAGAAUGAAACUAUUGCUGAACACAAGUCAAUUUUCAUUCAUGCAUCAACAAUUGUGAAUCAGACCCAGAUCAAACAAAGGGAGACUUCUAUGGGCAUCAAGGACACCUUUCUGGACUCAUUCUUGAAUCGCCUAGCUGAAUCAUACUGCAAAAUCCAGGGUGGCAACAAGGCAAAACAGGAAGCGCUCAAUAGAGUCAAAGAGACACUGCCUGAAAAUGUCACAAGUCCUAUGUGGCGAAUCAAAGGUAUCUCAACCAUUUUCACAGUGUAG